UUUUUUUUUUAUCCUAAUAUUUAUUUAUAUAUCAACAGUAUGCCAUUUUAUGAAUUAGUCUGUAUAGCUCGCCAUAAUAUGGUUGAGAGUAAUUUAAAAGAUUUAUUAAAAACUUCAGCUAAACAAGUCAUUAAUCGUGGUGGUGUCGUUCGAGGUUUUGUAAACUGGGGUGAUAUGAAGAUUCCACAUAGAAUUAAAAGACAUCAAGAAUACUUUACAGACGGAAGAUAUUGGGCAAUGCAUUUUGACGCUAAUCCUUUAAUUGUUCAAGAGCUUGGAAAGAAGCUUUCAGUUGAUACACGUGUGUUGCGUCAUACAUUUAUUAAGCUCGGUGAUAAACUCGAAACUAUUAUUGAUAGACCAGAUAAGACAUAAAGCAAUCUUUUACAACAUGUAUAUAUACACAUCAUCAUCUAGCAAAUUGAUAUAAACAAACCCCUUUUUUUUUUUCUUAUGUGGCAUUUAUAGAAAGAAGUGUUAUUCUUAUUAUUACUAUUAAUUUACAUCUUUUUUUUUUUCUAUUUGAUUUGGAUUCUUCUUUUGUAAAUAUAUCGAGAGCUUAUAUAAAAUGAAUAAAUAUGAUUUUAUUCUGGUUGAAUUUACUUGAAGAAAAUAGCUCGUAAUUUUCUUAUGACAUGAAAGCCUUGAU